AUGAAACCGACAAAGGCCAAUCAGUAUCAGACCAGACACCACGACUACUUGCUCCUGAUCGACCACUUUCUCCGACGAGAGGGCUCAAGAAUCCCCAUCAAGUGGCCGAGGCGGAACCAUCUAUUGCAGGAGAUCUACGGCGAUGAGCCCGUGGCGCCUCUGCCAAAUGUGCCCUAUUUAAGUGAUGCAGCAAUUAGACGCACUGCGACCACUGAAUUCCGUCUGCCCAAUCGCACCUAUACUCACUUGCCUGCGAGUGGCCCCAUGGUUUAUUGGGCAGGAUUACCAUCUUGUGCUGCAGCGGACAGCGUUUUGACAGCUUGA